CUCUAACACACACACACACACACACCUCCAAGAAUCAGGAUCCAUCCAGCCUUUUCUUUCUUACAACAUAAUUUAUCUUUAUAAAAAAAUUUGAAUGGCUUUAUGAGUUUUAUGACAGCCUUUGCUUUCAAGGAGCUCUGUGGUUCCCACUCCCCCAUGUGCAUGUCCUCAAUUACUGCGCCACCUCCAACCUCCCUAGCUUAGCUCCUUUCUCAUCUUCUUUCUUCUUUCUUCUUUAUUCUUCUUGUUCUCUCUUUUUCUCUGUUCCUGCUCUUGCGCUUGUAGCUUCUUGAAUGAUUAAGCUUUCCAUGUUCAUCAUCAACCACUUCCAUAUGUGAUAUCAGACAAGUUCUUGAAAUUUUUCUCUCACAUACAUUUUCUGUAUUUGUAUUUAUACUGUAUUAGCUGAAGAAAAAGAAAACAAGAUGAGGAAGAAAACCCAUGUUUGGUUCAAGCUUUUAAUCAUCUUUCUUGCUUUGCUCUUCGUCUCUGUUACCUCCCAAGCAACCCCAGGUGGUAGUGAUGGCGAUGCUUCGGUGAUGUUAGCUCUCAAGAAGAGCUUAAACCCUUCCGAGUCUCUCGGAUGGUCCGACCCGGACCCUUGCAAUUGGAAACAUGUAGGUUGCUCGGAGGACAAAAGGGUAACUCGGAUCCAAAUCGGCCAUCAAGAUCUUGAAGGUACGCUUCCUCUGAAUCUUCAAAACCUUACCGGGCUACAACGCUUAGAGCUUCAGUGGAAUAAGAUUUCUGGUCCUCUUCCUAGCUUAAGUGGGUUGAGUUCGUUGCAAGUUUUGAUGCUUAGUAACAACCAGUUUAGCUCCAUUCCCAGUGAUUUUUUCGCUGGGAUGACUUCGCUUCAGUCUCUAGAGAUUGAUAAUAACCCUUUUGAGGCUUGGCAAAUCCCCGAGACUCUAAGCAAUGCUUCGGUGCUUCAGAAUUUCUCGGCUAAUUCGGCCAACAUUACUGGGAAAAUACCUGAUUUUUUCGGUGCUGAUGUGUUUCCAAGUCUGAGCAUCUUGCAUUUGGCUUUCAACAACCUUGAGGGUGAGUUUCCCAAGAGCUUUUCAGGGUCUCAGAUUCAGUCACUUUGGGUAAAUGGACAAGGAGGUGAUAACAAGCUUGGGGGAACCAUUGACGUCAUUCAGAAUAUGACUCUUUUGAAAGAGGUUUGGUUGCAUUCAAAUGGGUUUUCAGGGCCAUUACCAGAUUUUUCUGGUUUGGUAGAUUUGGAAAGCUUGAGUUUGAGGGAUAAUAUGUUUACUGGUCCAGUUCCAGUGUCAUUGACGAACCUUAAAUCAUUGAAAGUUGUGAACUUGACUAAUAAUCUGCUUCAAGGACCAGUUCCUGCGUUUGGGAGUGGGGUUUCUGUAGACUUGUCCAAGGAUUCCAAUAGCUUUUGUUUGCCAACUCCAGGACAUUGUGAUCCUAGAGUAAAUACUUUGCUUUUGAUUGUGAAAUCGAUGGGUUACCCUCAAAGGUUUGCAGAGAAUUGGAAGGGGAAUGAUCCUUGUGCUGAUUGGAUUGGGAUUACUUGCAAUGAAGGCAACAUUACUGUUGUCAAUUUUCAGAAGAUGGGUCUCACCGGGACCAUUUCGCCGGAGUUUGCUUCCCUCAAGUCUCUGCAGAGACUAGUUCUUGCCGAUAACAAUCUCACUGGGGUCAUUCCUAAGGAGCUUUCAACUCUCCCUGCUCUUGCACUACUAGAUGUAUCAAACAAUCAUAUUUUUGGGAAAGUACCUUCUUUUAGGAGUAAUGUGAUUGUGAAUACAAAGGGUAACCUUGACAUAGGGAAGGAGACAAGCAGCUUUCCAUCUAAUGGAGUGCCAUCUCAGAAUUCCCCGACUCCUACAAGUACUACUGGUUCCAAAACUAAUGGUAGUUCUGGACAUCCUGGAAAGAAAUCUUCAGCUUUAAUAGGAGUGAUUGUGUUUUCUGUAAUUGGGGGUCUCUUUGUGAUUGUGUUGAUUGUGUUGUUAAUCUUCUGUGUGUAUAAAACGAAACAGAAGCGCUUAAGCAGGGUGCAGAGCCCGAAUGCAAUGGUGAUUCAUCCUCGCCAUUCCGGUUCUGAUAAUGAGAGUGUGAAGAUUACUGUUGCAGGUUCAAGUGUGAGUGUCGGCGCAAUUAGUGAAACUAAUACACUUCCUAGCAGUGAUGCUGGUCAUGAUAUUCAAAUGGUUGAAGCAGGAAACAUGGUGAUUUCUAUUCAAGUGCUGAAGAAUGUGACAAACAAUUUCAGUGAAGAGAAUAUAUUGGGGCAAGGAGGUUUCGGGACAGUUUAUAAAGGGGAACUGCACGAUGGAACAAAGAUUGCUGUAAAGAGAAUGGAAUCAGGUGUAAUAACUGGGAAGGGGCUAGCAGAAUUUAAGUCUGAGAUUGCAGUUUUGACCAAGGUCCGUCACCGGCAUUUAGUUGCGCUUCUUGGGUAUUGUUUGGAUGGAAAUGAGAGGCUUCUUGUUUAUGAAUACAUGCCUCAAGGCACAUUGAGUAGACAUUUGUUUAACUGGCCAGAGGAAGGACUAAAGCCAUUGGAAUGGAAGAAAAGGCUGACUCUUGCUCUGGAUGUGGCAAGGGGUGUGGAAUAUCUCCAUGGUUUGGCACAUCAGAGUUUUAUUCACAGGGACUUGAAGCCUUCAAACAUUCUUCUUGGAGAUGAUAUGAGGGCUAAGGUUGCAGAUUUUGGCCUUGUUCGCCUUGCUCCGGAGGGUAAAGGUUCAAUUGAGACUAGAAUUGCUGGAACUUUUGGAUACUUGGCGCCAGAGUAUGCAGUUACUGGCCGUGUGACUACCAAAGUUGAUGUAUACAGUUUCGGGGUCAUUUUGAUGGAGCUAAUCACGGGAAGAAAGGCUCUUGAUGAGAGCCAGCCUGAGGAAAGCAUGCACCUUGUAACAUGGUUCAAGAGAAUGUACAUUAACAAGGACACAUUCCGAAAGGCCAUUGAUCCCACAAUCGACCUCAACGAGGAAACACUCGCAAGUAUUAGCACAGUCGCCGAGUUGGCAGGUCAUUGCUGUGCAAGGGAACCAUAUCAAAGACCCGACAUGGGACAUGCUGUCAAUGUUCUAUCUUCUCUAGUGGAGCUCUGGAAACCAAGUGACCAGAAUUCAGAUGACAUAUAUGGCAUUGAUCUGGAAAUGUCCUUGCCUCAAGCACUUAAGAAGUGGCAAGCUUAUGAAGGUAGAAGCAAUAUGGAAUCGUCUUCGUCAUCACUCCUUCCAAGCUUAGACAAUACUCAAACCAGCAUUCCAACACGCCCGUUUGGAUUCGCAGACUCUUUCAGUUCAGCAGAUGGGAGAUGAUGAUGAAGAAGUAGUUGUAAAUGAUGUUUAGUGGUGGUUUGGUAUGUUCAUUCUAUUUAAUUGCUUCUCUUUUUUUUUUUUUUUUUAAUUUCUUUUUCUCUCUCUCUUUCUAUUUUGGUGUACAAUUUCUCAAACACUUUCUAUUUUGGUGUACAAUUUCUCCAACUUAUCCAUGUUUUGUCCUUCUCAACCAAUACUCUUGUUGGCACUUUUGUUGUAAUGUAGUUGGGAUACUUUUUCACUUGUUUAUGAGGUUUUCUCAAAUGAAUUGAGAACAGGAUUCUCAAGAAAUUAAGCCCUUU